CAAUGACUUGUCGACAAGUUUUCCGGCCCCCGAAUACCGCCUGUGUCAACUGCUUAUUCAAUUAUUUCAUUUACUAAAGACGACAAAAGCUUGCUCAGAAUAGAAAACAGAAAUACCAUUUUUGGAGGAAAAUAAACGAACAUGAUGAAUCAUUCGAACGGAUCUUCAUUUAAUUCCACAACGCCGCCGGUGGCAAACAUCGUAAACGAAGGAGAACUUGUAGGCUCCGAUGACGCAACAUGGAUUCUAACCAGCGCUUUCAUUAUUUUCACGAUGCAGUCUGGCUUCGGUCUCCUUGAAUCCGGCAUGGUGUCCAAAAAAAACGAAGCUAAUAUCAUGGUCAAGAACGCAGUUGAUGUCAUCUAUGGUGGAUUGUCCUAUUGGCUUUUUGGAUUCGCACUCAGUUUCGGAAGCAACACGGCUGGGAAUGGUUUCUUCGGUGUUGGAUAUUUUUUCACGGACGCUGAUGACCAUGAAAUGGGGCAAGUGUUCUCAAAGUACUUUUUUCAGCUUUCGUUCGCAACGACAGCGACUACGAUUGUCUCGGGUGCAAUGGCGGAGAGAACAUGCUUAAAAGCAUAUACGGUUUAUUCGUUUAUCAACACUCUAACAUAUAGCGUACCCGCUCACUGGAUUUGGGCUGAAAAUGGCUGGCUUGCCAAAAUGGGGGCAGUCGACAUCGCCGGCUGCGGAGCUGUCCACUUAGUUGGAGGAGUAAGUGGAUUGGUAGCGACCAUGAUGUUAAAGCCUCGCAUAGGAAGAUUUGAUGAAAAUUCUCCACCGCAACAGAUGACUUCCCCGACAAAUGUUCUCCUGGGAACUUUCAUGUUAUGGUGGGGGUGGUUGGGUUUCAAUUGUGGUAGCACAUUUGGAAUAAGUGGAAUGAAAUGGAAGCUUGCGUCGAGGUCAGCGGUCGUCACCAUCAAUGGCUCGAUAGGCGGAGGAAUUCUGGGAAUGGUCUACAGCUACGUUUUCCGUGAAAAGAAGCUAAACAUAUCAAUCUUUGUUACCGGGAUUUUGUCGGGACUCGUCAGUAUAACAGCCAUCUGUUCUCUUGCCCGCCCUUGGGAGGCUCUACUGAUUGGUGCAAUAGGCGCCAUGUUGGCAUGUCCUGGAUGUGAUCUUCUCGAGCGGCUCAAAAUCGAUGAUCCUGUCGGCUGCGUACCGACACAUGCUUUCGCAGGAAUCUGGGGCCUAGUCGCCGUCGCCUUCUUUACCGAGAAGGACGUCUUGGAAAAUACAUUUUCCGGCGAGUUUGGAAUUUUCAAAGGUGGUCCUUGGAAGUUCUUGGGAGUUCAGCUGCUUAUGUCACUUACCAUGACUGCAUGGGCUGCCACCACUACCUACUUGCAGCUGCUAUUGGUCAAUCUGUUGGUGGGAAUGCGCAUGAGCGAAGAAGAUGAAUUAUUAGGCGCAGAUAAAGUUGAACAUGGAAUUGAGCCAUACGAUCCAAACUCCUUGGAGUGGCCUGACGUCAUAAGCGGGGGUGCAAAUGGAGUCGAAAGUAGUCUACAAUCGAUAGAGGAAAGUCCCGUGAAUUUACAGAACGCUGGAAGUCAAGACUCUUUGACGGAGAUAGAAAUUGGACAAAAAGAAUCUUUGGCAACUAUUUGCAGUCGAAGGAAAUAAGUUAACACUUAAACAAACAAGAUUUAUAAAUCGCUGUUUUUAUUUUGUCACACACUAGAAAAGAUAAAUCUUCUGUAACGAUCUGGAUUCGUUCCACUCGUCUUUAAGCCCAGCGAUUGCUAGUGCAAAUAAAACGAUUUUAUGAAUAUCA